AUGACGGUCGAUUCGCAACCACACGUCGUGGGCGUCACCCAUCCUACGCUAGUCCAAGCACUCGAAACCUCCAGAGCAGCUCGUGAACAGGCGCAAGGCAUAGUAAAGCUCGUUGCCGAAGCCCAGACCGCAAUCGCCGACGGCACCGGUACCAAAGCAGACUUCAAGCUCCCUAUACAAAAGGCAAAGAAACCUCUCUGGACCAACCUCGCCGUUCUUCGCGGACAACAUCGUCGCGCUCACUUCAAGGCGCGCGAGACAAAGGCCUUGACGGCAGAAGCAAGACAGGAGGUAGAUUCUCUUCACCUGUCACUACAGAAUCUACAUUAUGAAGAGCGUCAUUUGGAGCUGGAAAUUGCGGCUUGCGAGGGAUUCGAACAUACCUACCAACUCCUCCCGCUGAUUCCCGUCGAAGAGUUUCUCGCCCUGCACCCUGAACACGCCGAGUCGGAUGAGAACACUUUGAUGGUCGCCCGCAUCAACCACGAGCGCACCGAGCGCGAAGCCCUCGAGCAGCAACGGCUCGAGUUGCAAAAGCAAAAGAGCAAGCUGACGACGGAAAACAAGAAACGUAGAGAGGAUCUUGCGAACCUGGAUCAGAAGAUGGAGAAAUUCAUCGAUGCAAGCCGCGAAACCGAUUCAGAAAAUGCUCGAGCAAGAUGUCUAGGAUGGCAAACUUGA